AUGCCGACUUCCGUGUCCCGCGCAGUGCUGCUGCUGCUGCUGGCCGCAGCCGCCGUCGCUGCUGCUGCUGCGAUGCAGCUGCAAGAGAACAACUCUUUGAACGAAAACGCGGCCAAAGACGCAAACGCAAUUAAAGAAAACCUUAAAGAAGAUCUGGGCGAGGCGGAAGAGCUGGAGGAAGACAUGGAGGCGGACAACGCCUCCUUUUCCGAAAUGGACGCCGACGCUCUCGCCGACAAACUCGACGAGGAAGACCAAUUCAAUUUAAAUUCCGAUUUAAACGAAGAAGUCUCUGAAGAAAACGAAUUCGACGAAGAGGAAGACAACUUGAACGAGCCCGACGCCGACGAGUCUUCUUUCCUCGAGGAAGAAGAGGAAGACGCCGAGUUGGACCUUUCGGAAAUGUCGGAAGAAGACAGAGCCGCAGUGAUGGACCUGCUGACACCCGAAGAGCGCGUGGCCUUUCAGGAAAUGCUGCAGGAGCAAAACGCGAAGAACUCCGACCGAGAGGGAGAACUCUAG